UGCUUGUUCAACAUUAUGUCUUUUUACUUUGAUCACCCUAACAAAGUAAACAUGAAAAUGAUAUUAGUUAGAAUUCAAUGCAGCAUCCCAGUCUUCCUUGUUGUUUUUACAGGUCUUGUUGAAAACAUCCGUCUAGCUGAUAUGAAUAACUGGUCUUUAAGUCCUGAGCAGUUUGCUGACUUAGCAUCUUCUUUGAAUAGCUUCUUCAGUCAAACUGGGCUGUCGUCUCCUUGUCUAAGUGAAGUAGGCUCCCAACCAAUGACGUCCAUCCAAUAUGACGACAGCCACCAGAAUCCAGGUCCAGCCGUAGCUGACAUGAGGGGUGCACAUUUCUGGCUAUGUAGUCCUAACUCGUACUGUGACACAAACCAAACAGCUAUGGUAGAUCCUCUCAUGAAUAACCAGUCAUGUCUAGCAAUACCUACUGAUAGGAACAAUAUGAACCACCAGCAAGCAGGGAAUUACAUGAACCAUCCACUUCCUCCGAUACCAAGAGCAAAUACCAGAUAUAUAACCAACGACGAGAUUGAUGAUGAGUUCAACUGGGAUAAACUGCUAUGAAAUUUUUAAUUUUUAACACUGCAAUAUAUUAAAUAUGUACAACAAGACAGUAACAGUUAUGUACAGGGGUUGGACAAGGGUUUCAAUUUAACAUUCCCACAAUGCAUCUUAGAUGGGAACAGAAAAAGUUUGAAAAAUAAAUAACCCACAAAACAAUUUAAAAAACAAAAACAAUGCCAGUGUGAUACUGGUCAUUUGAUUUUAAUAUUUCCCAUAAUGCGUUCUUGAUGGGACUAACAAUUAUCAUAGAAAACAAAGAUGUUUGAAAACACAAAAAGAGAUGACAAAUUAAAUGAGGAGUUAAAAAGAAGCUAUAAAAAGUUUUUAAAAAUUAAUAAAACUGAAAAAAAUAAAAGACAAAAAAAAACAAUAAAAAGGUGCCAUUUCUGCACUUCCUGUUUGAGACAGGCAAAAACAACUACAAAAAGAAAGAAAAAUACUAAACAAAUACCAAAAAAAGGAAAAACAAUAUUAAUAUAUUCCAUGUAGAAUCUAUUCUUCACACAAUGUUUUAAACCUAUGCACCACACAUACCAACACACACACACACACGCACAUGCAUACUACAGACAUGCUUAUAUAUAUACAUAUGUACACAUUCACUCAAACACACCAGUUUAUCUGUUCAAUUCAGGUUAACAGCUGAUAGGCUAUUGAGUCUAAACCCUGUAAAAACGAUUCAUUUGAUGCAUCAUUCUCUUUAUAUCUUUCUAUUUACCUAACUUUCUAUCUCUCUCUGUCUCCUAUCUAUCUGCCUAUUAAUUUACAAAUUUCUAUGUCUCUUCAAUGCUAUCUCUCUCUCUCUCUCUCUCUCUCUACCUAUCUAUCAAUCAAUCUAUCUAUUAAUUUAGAAAUUUCUAGGUCUUUCCAAUGCUGUCUGUCUCUCAUUCUCUUGAUACAUAUUCACAUAUACACGUGUGUGUGAAUUUAAGAACUUUGAGAGAUGUUAAAUAAUUCGUUUUUAAAUAGAGGGGUAAAAAAAUCCCUUUGAAUAGUAAAAAUCAAAGGCUGCCUAUUCCACCAUUAAAAACGAAUUUUAUAUACACACAUACAUAGAAAAAAGGACGUUAAAAGAUGUAUAUAUGUAUAACUCUAUUACUUAAUUCUCUAUAUCUGUAUGUUUAUCAGUUAAUCUACCUAUGUGUCUGUCUGUUUGUCUCUCUCUCUCCUCACCUUGUUUGUUUCUGUCUUUGACUAUCCUUAAAUCCACUGCCAGACUCCCACUGGAAAAUGGUUAUAGCUGCUGACAAUGAUGCUGCUGAUGAUGAUAGUAAUGAUGAUGCUACCAGCCACCUGCUGGAAUAUUUGUUGCUAAUUGUCUCCCGAGACAAGGUUUGAAAGGGCAAAGUAUUGGUCUGAUAUCUACCCUACCUCAGAAACAUACCUAAUUAUAUAUAUAUAUGCACACACGCAUGCAUGUAUAUAUAUAUAUAUAUAUAUAUAUAUAUAUAUAUAUAUAUGCAUACACACGCAUGCAUGUAUAUAUAUAUAUAUAUAUGCACACACGUGCAUGUGUGUAGACAUGUGGAUCUACAUCUGUAUCUGUGCGAAGAAAGGUGAAAAACAAGUACUUGAGUGAGAAAGAAAAACACAACCCCACAUAUAUAUAUAAUAUAUAUAUACACUACAUACAAAUACAUAUAUACAUACAUAAUGUGUGUGUGUAUGUAUAUUUAUCUUUGUAUGCACUGGUGAAAGAAAGGGAGGAAUAACAAUAAAAACUAAAUGAGAAAGAGAGAGAGAGAUGGCGUUGGUGGUAUCAGUGAAGGAGAAAAAAUAUGUUGGUGAUAAAGCAUAGAAGGUAAAUAAAUAACAAGCAUAUAUAAGUAAAAAACAAUAACAAUUUGCCCCACACCUUUCUACUUCAAACAGACUGAUAGAUGUCUGUAUAAGAUGAAGUAUUAUUAUUAAGAUUCAAAUAUUUUCGGCUAUUUACUUCAUCUUCAAUAAUAAAAUAAAUUCUCUUUUUUUAAAUAUUUAUAUCUACACUAUGUUUCAAUCCAUUUGAUCUCCAAUUAUCAUCGGGUGUUUUAUUUCCAGUAUGUGUACAUAGACCCAAGCUGGAUUUGAACAAGGAACCUUUGUUUAAUUUCCUGAACUACUAAACUAAUCAAUGGAGUGUAUAUUUACAAUAUUUAAUUUACACUGUUUUGAUCUAUCUGAUCUCCAGUCAUCAUCAGGUAGGUGGCUUAUGCCUGAACAUGUACGUAUAAGAAUUCCUGUACUAAUGUCUUUGAGUGGUAAUAUCUGCAAUAUUUUUUAUCACACUAUGCUGCAAUCAGUUUUAAUUGCUAAUCAUCAUGAUGAGGUUUCUUAUUCCUGGAUGUGUACAUAGAAUAAAGCUGGAUUUGAACUAGGAAAUCUGUCUUUAUAAUUUUUUUUUUUUUUACUUGCUCUCAAGGGUUUAGUCAAACAAAUCAACCCCAGUACUUAUUCUGCCAGUCACUUUUGUUGAACCACUAAGUCACAGGGAUGCAAAGAAACCAACACCAGUUAUCAAGCAGUGGUUGCACAUAGACACACACACGCAUUAACAUAGGCUUCUUUCAGUUUCCAUCUACUAAAUCCACUCAAGGCAUUAGUUGAUCCAGAGCUAUAUAGCAGAAGACAAUUGCCUGAGAUGCCAUGCAGUGAGACUGAACCUGGAACCAUGUGGUUGAGAAGCAAGCUUCUUAACCACACAGCUGCACCUAUAUUUACAAUAUAUAUUGUAAUCAAUGUAAGAGGUGUCUCUCUAUGUGGACAUAGUCCCAGAUUGAUUUCAUACUAGAAAUUUCUGAUUUCCCUAACUGUUUGAUUUUUAAACUGAGAAAUUAGAAAUCGAAUUAUGCCACCCUGCUGGCUUGGCAAGCAGGACAACUUUUCCCCAUGAUCGAAAUGGGAGACCGGAGCAAUGUGAAAUGAAGUAUUUUGCUCAAGAACAUAAUGUGCUGCCUGGUCUGAGAAAUGAACCCACAAUCUAGCAAUUGUGAGUGCAACACCCUAAGCACUAGGCCAUAUGCUUUCACUAAAGAACUUGAUGUUGAAUCAGGAAACAGAUUAAACUGAAUUUCCCUUCACUCCUAGGGAUGGAAGAUAAAGUCGAAGCUGAUGGGAGUCAAACUCAGAAUAGAAAAGGAUAUAUAGACAUAUUAAAUAGCACACAAGAUUUAAGCUGUUGCUCUACCAAUUUUUACAAUUCAUCAUACACAUGUCUAUGUGUGUAGGUGUGUGUUGGUUGAUAUAAAUAUUUAAGAAACAAACAUAAAAAAAAUCUUUCAUAUCUAGAGAUGAGGCUGAUAAUUCAAAAAUAAAAAAAAUUAUCUUUCUUAAUGAAGAUGUUGUUAAAAAACACAAAAUUCUGGACAGAUAAACUCACAACAAAUGGAAAAGAAAAAGUUUGAAAAUAUUUCAAAAACAAUUUCUUUCAACAAAAAAAAAAGGACCAAUUUGCAUGGAUGGUGGAGUGGGGUGAAGAAUUUCUUUCUUUUAAUCUAUGAGAGAUCAUUCUUAUAAUUAAUUUUAUUAUUAUUUAAUAUUAUAAAAAUAUAAACCAAUAUUAUGACUGUUUU